CCCUGCGCUGUGUUAAUGCCACACCACAAAGGAAGGAAGCGACUUCACCUUGAACUGAAGGACAACAUUGCUCGUGUGGGUGCUGACAUCUCUGCUCGAGUCUAUCAAUCCUUGCGCUCUACUUGGCGCACUCUUCAGGAGUUUGCCGCUGCACACACAAUCUCUGGAGCCACGAAGAAUGAAGGGGAGGAGGACGAGGGUAAGGAGGAGGAGGAGGAGUCGGAGGCAAUUAAACGUGUCCUCUCCCGUCUUGCCGAUGGUAUUGGAGAGCCGCCUCCACGUAGCGGCGAUGAUUCCGACACCUACGACGAUGAAGAUGACGUUGACAAAGACACCUUCCCAAGUCAAUUAAAUCGGGGCCGGCGGCUAGACUACGUGCUGCAGGAGGGUCCUCUGGAGAGUCUCAAUGACUACCUUUUCGCCCUCUCCAGUCACGCUGUCUACUGGGACUCACAGGACUGUCUCCUCUUCAUGCUCAAUCAGAUUUUUGAUAACUGCAAUGCUGGAACGGAAACCUCCACUCCUGCAGCUACUCCAUCGAUGCUGACCCGCAGAGGAUCCACAGCUCACGAUUUUGCCUCCGCGACUGGGGCGACUAGUCUGACUCAGCACUCCGCUUCCAUCCCAGCUUUCUCAAACAUGCCCACUGUGACGUCAACCUUAUCGCCGCACGUUAUCCAACAUCUAUAUCGGCCGUCGCAGACACCACUUUUUAACCCCUCACCCGCGCCCUCCACUGUUUCUCUCCACAGCCAGUGCAUAGAAGGUGGCAGUAACCAAGCCACUGGUGAGAUUGGCGAUAAUUCUCGCUCCACGGAUGACUCAAAAUUCGUUGAAAUCGACCUCACUCCUUGA